AUGCCUUCCACCUCUUUCCAAGCGGCAGGAAUCCUCGCGCAAGGAAGCAACUUCAUCUCGGGCACGUCGGCCUCGAGCAAGGAGAAGUUCGAACAGAUCGCGGAGGAGCUACCCUAUUCUGUAGGCGUGGGGUGCGAAGUACGAGUAAAGGGCCUGAGCUUCAGCGUCCAGCGGGAAAAGGGCACGACCGAUGAGCCCACCGUUGGCGACGAAAUAAUGGCCUGCGGAAAGUGCCUCGUAUGCAUCCCCUGCUACCAAACAUACAUGCUCGGGAAGGAAAUGGAGGCCAAGACCAUCCUGGAUGAUGUCAAUGCCGUGUUCAAACCUUCAUCAACAACGCUAGUUCUCGGCCCCCCGGGCUGUGGCAAGUCGACUCUCCUCAAGGCGGUGGCGGGCCUUCUAAAGGAGGACAAAGGACACGUUGUCGAGGGUCGCAUGACCUACAAUGGUGACACAAAGGACAGUGGAAACUUUUCUCUUCCUAAGGUGGCGCACUUCGCGGAACAGGCCGACCGUCAUAUCCCUACCAUGACCGUAAACGAGACCUUCACGUUCGCCUUCAACAGCAUGGCUGGCGCGAGUCACGGGCUGAAUUUUCCGGAGGGUUCCACCGCCACUGAAGAACAAAAAUCGUUGUUCGCUUGGAUGGACGAGAACAACUUCAAGGUGGAGAUGGUCUUGAGGAACCUGGGGCUCUACAACGCAAAGGACACGAUCGUCGGCAACAACAGCGUCCGUGGCGUGAGCGGCGGAGAGCGUAGGCGUGUCACCAUGGGCGAGAUGAUAUGUGGACCUCAGGCGGUGUUUCUCCUGGACAGCAUCUCCACCGGCCUCGACAGCAGCACCACUUUCGACAUCAUGACUUCGCUCAAGUCAUCGGCGCGCACCUUUCACAACACCGCGGUUGUCGCUCUGCUGCAGCCGCCGCCCGAGACGUACGAGCUGUUCGACAACAUCAUCCUCAUGGCGGAGGGGAAGAUCAUCUACCACGGCCCGCGUGAGGAUGUCGUGCCAUACUUUAACAACCUUGGGAUCACCUGCCCCGCCCGCAAGGACACGGCCGACUGGCUCGUCGAGCUGACCGGGGAAGCGGGGGCCAGCUACCGUUCAGCCGACGUUGAGACUGGAGAGCCUUCUCCUGUCACUCCCAAGGAGUUCAGCGCCAAAUGGCGGGCGAGUGCAGCAGGGAAGGCCAUCGAUCAGGCGGUGGACACGCCGGGAGAGAACGACAGCUCCGAGUGGCCGACGGUGUACAAGAGCGAGUACCCGGGAUCUUUCUUGUACCACCAGAAGGUGUGCUUCAAAAGGGCGGCGAUGCUGAUGCUGAAAGACAAGGGGAACAUCAAGACCCAGCUCAUGAGCGGACCUCUCAUAGGAGCUGUCGUUGGGUCGAUUUUCUUCCAGCUUGACCUCGACGACGCCAACGCCAAGUUCGGUCUCAUCUUCUUCUCCCUGCUCUACCUCUCAACCAACGGGAUGAAUCAGAUCACCCCCGCCAUCAUGCAGAGGGGGAUUUUCUACAAGCAAAAGGCAGCUGGCUUCUACCCCACGUCGUGCGUGGUUAUCGCGGAGACGACGGUCAACACGAGUUUGACCGGCGUUUCUGGGCUGAGCCUCCUGCUGUGCGUGCUUUUCUGUGGCUUCUUGAUCCCGGCGGACAACAUUCCGGGUUGGUGGAUCUGGCUCUUCCACGCCAACCCUCUCACGUGGGCUUUCCGAGCGGCCGUGCUGAACGAGUUCCAAACCCCCGAGUAUGAAGUCUGUGUCGGGGAUGCUGAAAGCUGUGACCUGGGACUCGGAGAGACCUUAAUCAAGGCCUACGGCUUCGCGCGCGACCCGCUGUACGUGUGGGGCGGUAUCGCGUUUCUGGUGGUGGAGUUCUUGCUGUGUGUCAUGGUGACCUCGCUGGCCUACCACUACAUACACUUCGACAGUUCGGACAGCGCGCCUAUCGUCCCAACCGCAACCGGGGAGGAUCAGGAAACAGACAGGCUGUCGGCAGAGGACGCCAAGGCGUUCAACGCACCGGUUGCCCAGAUGAAGCGGCAGAACAGCCAGCUUCUCGCCGACCUCCCCUUCGACCCCGUGACGUUAACUUUCAGUUCAGACGAAUAG